AUGGGGAAAACUUUCAAGAAGCGUUCUCCUCCAUUCCAUCUUCCUUGCAUUAUCCUUCUGAGCCGUUAUUGCCAGAGGAUCGAUCGAAAAAAGUUUCCCCACACUAAGCGUAUUUGGAGAUCCACUGGAUUCAUUAAGUUUCACGAUGCCGUCAAGGGACAGAACUGCCGAGUUCAGGACAACAUGCAAAUCUCUCCAGGUGGAUCACUUUACUUGACUUUUCCUAAUGAUAUCACUAGCUUGAAUAAGCAAAUAGCCGCAUUGCAAGAGUUCUCCAGAGAACGUAAUUCUGGAACAAAAAAUCAAGGAACGUCCAUCACUGGUCGUUUUGGUCUGCAAUCUAAAUUGGCCAGUGUCAGUAAGGAUUUCCAGAGCGUACUGGAAAUUAGCACGGAAAACUUGAAACACCAAAAGAAUAGGCGGGAGAAGUUCUCUAAUGCAGAUCCGUUGCCUACCUCCUUCCCCUCCUCAUCUUCAGGUUCAAAUGUACGUUCGCGACUGCUUGAUGAUGAUAACCAGCACGGUGUUCCUCGUGUCAACAGUGUAACGUUGGAUAUGGGUGCGAUGGAGCAAAUGCGUGUACAGCAACAGGUAACUCUUCACGACCAGUCGGACGCGUAUGCUCAGGCGCGUUCCACCGCCAUGGAAACGAUAGAAGGUUCUAUAUCGGAAUUGGGACAAAUUUUUGCUCAAUUGGCGAGUUUAGUUAGUGAACAAGGCGAAAUGAUUACACGUAUUGAUUCGAAUGUCGAAGAUACAGCUAUAAACAUCGAUGCGGCACAUACUGAACUGGUGAAGUACUUCCAUAAUAUAAGCAAAAAUCGGUGGUUGAUGAUCAAAGUUUUUGUGAACUUCGUCAUGCGAUAUCAUCUCUCCGGGUGUCUCUCUGCCUUCGGCUCAUUUGUGGCAACGGCGGCAACAGUCACGAAUGCCUUCGUCGUGAACAAGCAGUUUUAUCCAUCGAUUGUCUACAUAACAAAAAGCAAUGCCAGCAUGAUGGUCAUUUAUGUGCAGGCACUUAUUCUAGUGUAUAUACUAUUUCAAAUGGUCAGAAAAAUAUUCUUCGGUGAACUACGAGCUUCGGAGGCUGAGGUAUUGUUGCCUUCCUUGGUGCCACAGACUCUUACCUACUUUCUCAUGCCUAUUUUACUACGUUACUCAAAGGCGCUAGCGCCCAAAUCGUUUUCGGAUUUGAGUAACUUAUUUCCAAUUGUGUCAGCUGAAGAUCUGGCUACAAUGGAUGCCACAUGCAUCAUUUGUCGAGAUGAAAUGACACCAGAAUCAACACCGAAACGACUUCCCUGUGGCAUGUCUUCCAUACGCACUGUCUGCGAAGAACAGAGGGCUGUCAAUGCUCGUCUACCUCCGAAUCUUUUUCCAUUUAUGGCGCAUCAGUUUGCUGUUCCUCAACCUCGACCACCGACUCAGGACAAUACAGCUCCUGCUGCUGCUGGUGGUGGAGAAGGAGAAGGACGAACCAAUGAUCCGAGAGCGUUCCCAAAUCCGGUGGGUGGAGUGCCUGCUGGUUUUCCUUCAGGACCCUUUCCCGCUUUUCCACCACCAUUUCCCCAAGACAUGCCACAAUUUCCUCCAUUCCCAUUCAUGGCUCCACUACCUCCAUUUCCUAUGGAAAUGCCUCGUCCUCCGCCGCAACUCGAUCAGCUGACCGAAGAGGAUCUACGCGCUAUGGAAGGCCAAAGUCGUGCUGCUUGGAGCGUCGCAUAA